AUGGCGACCGCGUCUCCCGUGGCUCUCUUCGAGAACUUCCCAGUCCCAACACUGGACCGGCCUUUUGGCGUCCACCUAUGGCCUAUCUUCAACAAAGCUUUCGAGUACGUCGUCGGUUACCCGGCCGAUGACUUUACCUUCCAGCCUGGGCGCACGCCCAUGUCUACGUUGAAGGAAACGGGCAUCUUCAUCAUCAUCUACUACACCAUCAUCUUUGGCGGUCGGGAAUUGAUGCGCAACCGCGAGCCUUUCAAGCUGCGCACGCUCUUUUUGAUCCACAACUUCUACCUCACGGCCAUUAGCGGCAUUCUCCUCGCUCUGUUCAUUGAGCAGAUCCUGCCCACCGUCGUCCGCCAUGGUAUCUUCCACGCCAUUUGCGCAAUUGAAGGUGGCUGGACCCAGCCACUCGUCGUUCUCUACUACUUGAACUACCUCACCAAGUACCUAGAGCUUCUGGACACCUGCUUCCUCUUCCUGAAGAAGAAGCCGCUCACCUUCCUCCACUGCUACCACCACGGCGCUACCGCUCUCCUGUGCUACACCCAGCUGAUUGGCUCGACCUCGGUUUCGUGGGUCCCUAUUACGCUGAACCUGACUGUUCACGUUGUCAUGUACUGGUACUACUUCCAGAGCGCGCGUGGCAUCCGCAUCUGGUGGAAGGAGUGGAUCACCCGUCUCCAGAUCAUCCAGUUCGUCAUUGACCUUGGCUUCGUCUACUUUGCCUCGUGGACUUACUUCACCUCGACCUACUUCCAGUGGCUCCCUAACGCCGGCAAGUGUGCGGGCGAGGAGUUUGCCGCGUUCUCGGGCAUAGCGAUCCUCAGCUCGUAUCUCCUGCUCUUCAUCUCGUUCUACCUGGCCACCUACAAGAAAGACGGAAAGCGGCCCAGUGGGCGCAAGGCCGUCCGGAGGAUGAGCCAGGCACCGCUCCCGGACCCGAUUCACGGCUCGAACGCGACCGCCAACGGGUAUGCGAACGGCAGCAACGGGGAGGCCAAGUCGACCGGGGUCAAGACCAAUGGCACCGCCACUCGCUCGCGCAGGGCCUAA